GACUGUGUGCAGUUAAAGGUCAUUACUCUGUCAUCAUGUACGUUACGUUUAUUCGUAUUCAAGGUCGUGGAUGUCAAGACGAAAAUAAUUUCCUGACCUACAAAGAUGUUCUCGCACCAGUUCUCUUGGAAAUUGGGCCUGGAAAUGUGCCUGCAACACAGCAGAUUCACGGGAAGCUGAUGCUCUAUCGAGCUGUUUCAAAGCGUUGUUGAUAACAGCGGAGCAGAAUGGUGAAACUGAAAGAUUUUCAUAUAAUUUUGGACAGUAACAAAACUGUUUACUCGGCCGGCGAGUAUGUGUCGGGGCACGUUGUGGUGGAGUUGCGAGGGGAUAUGAAGAUGAGAGGCAUUCGAAUCUACAUGCGAGGACUUGCAAAGGUUCAUUGGAGUGAGUCCAGGGGAGGUGGCCAUCAGACUGGCUCCUACACCAAAUACUACGAUGCGGAGGAAGAAUAUUUCUACAUGAAGCAGGUUCUCUUUGGAAAAGAUGAACAUGAAGGCGGCAGUAACCCUAUACUCCGAGCUGGCCAUCACGAGCUACGAUUCAGCUUUCAAAUUCCAUACGGGAGAGUAGCGACAUCCUUUGAGGGUAAAUACGGAAGAAUACGUUACUGGCUAAAGGCAGAGAUUGACAAGCCGUGGGGAUUCAACAGUAAAACCAAACGGGCCUUCACAGUCAUUGAUCAUAUUGACAUCAACACCCCUGCACUUCUGGCUCCCCAGACAGGAUUUCAAGAGAAGACGGUGUGUUGUGGGCUAUGUGUCGCCGGUAACAUCAGUAUGUCUAUCAAGACAGACAGGAAAGGCUAUUGCCCAGGUGAAUCGAUUGCUAUCUCUGCUGAGCUUCAGAAUGGCUCAUCGCGUCGCAUCAAGCCCAGAGCCACUCUUUACCAACGCACCACCUUCUUUGCCGAUGGCAAGUCCCGAUCUGUGCGCAACCCCGUGGCCUUCUUACAGGGUAGCACCAUCAGAGGGAGGAGAACUGAGAACUGGAAUAACAAGCUGUUGAAGAUACCGCCUAUCACCCCUACCUUGACCAACUGUGGCAUUAUCAAAUUAGAGUACUUUCUUACAAUCUGCCUUGACAUCACCGGUGCCAUGAACCUGAAUCUCCACUUGCCCAUCGUGAUUGGAACAGUCCCCCUCCGAGCGCCCCCUUACACCCCCUUUGACCCUCUUGCCGUUGGAAGCAUGGACCUCGGCUUUGCCGGGAUGUUCCCCUCCCCGCCAAUUGCAGACAUAGCCCCACCUAGUUACGCUGAAUGCCUGUUUGGUGCUGUGGAUAUCCGUGAUGAUGAAACUGAAGAUAUGAUGGGUGACACGCUGAUGUUUACUCCCAUGUACACCUACGUACCAAACUACGAGUUCAGACAACCGCCACCACCGUAUUCACCGACGGACCCUAAUGCCUCGAUGUCCCAAAGCUCAUCUGAUCACUACAGUCCCUGUCUGUCUUGACAAGAUGGUGGUUCUACAGCCUAGCCACCUGGAUAGUCAUUGCCACAAGUGUGGCAUGCAAACGGCCCGUAGUAUGGUAGCAGGUAGGACGUUAACAUGUUACUGUGCAAUAAGAAUUUUCAUUACAGACUCUAGCCACAUCUGACGCUCCCGCUACCUGCAAAGUUAAAAAACAAUUGUCUGUACUUGUUACAACGGCGAAUGUAUGACUGCAUUGUGACUGCACAAUGUGACUGCUGCAAGUUUUACAUAAGGCUGAUUAUUUUUCUAUGCUUAAAGACAUCUAGGCAUUUAGGUCCAUCCGUGUACCCGACUCGGUGAAUCAAUCAGGUGGGAUGAAUCCACAAACCAAAAUGAUCAAUCUGAAGUUCCUCUUAUGGCAAAUGUCUUAACGUUAUGCCUGGGGCUGGCCCAUUCGGCAUAAAUGUGAGAAAUGUGUCCAUGUUCAAAUCUGACUUACAUUAGAGUCAGCGUGUGUGCAGGGUGAAAGCUGGUUUUGAUUUCAAUGUUAAGUGUUGUGCUGCCAAAUUCCCAAAAGUGUGAAGGCAUUUUUAACUUAAAUUUUGCCUUGUUUCUUAACAUCAAAAUUACUUAACAUUUGCAUCAUGGAAAAACCGGACGUAUAGAGCUUGCUGAACAUUUCACGUCUAUCACACACCAAUCCUUGGCAGCCAAUAUCUUCAUGAAGCUUAUGGUAUUAAUUUCAACAAAUCAGCUUGGAUUUUCCUUUCUGAUAAAACUUCAGUUAUUGCCUCAAACCAUAUGGUACUUUCAUGCCUAUUUAAGGCAACUGCUUGUUUUUUUUUUCUUUGAAAGAGCUGUUUUUCAGUGGGAGUCUGUAUAUUAAACUACAGCGUGAGUUUUGUAAAGAUGUUUUCCUUAUGUAAGUAUGUACUGUAGGCAGGUUUUGAUGUAGCAAAAAGAAAUAUCAGGUGACUAGACUACCAGUAGUUUUGGUAGCUGAUUUAAGUUAAUCAAAUACUCGUACAUAAAAACAGUCAUUGUGUAACAUUUGUGUAAUAAUGCAUUGCAUUGCUUUAUUGUUAGAGUCAGAUUGCAUCUUACUCAUGUACAUGUAAUGAGGCAUGUAGCGUGCAUGUGUGUACAGAUUAUACAAGGAGUAGAAAAUUUGCUCCGAUGACGUCUGUGGACCGCAGAGAAAUUCAGAAAUGCAAUGAAUUUAAGCUUAGUGAUGGCAUGAUGGCCCUUUGCCAUUUUAUUUUUUCCGAAGAAAGAUAUGUGCGGCUAGAAACUUUUUAUUAUCCUGAGUUCAGCUGGCCAGGAUAUCAUGAAAUGCUGCUUUAUCGUGAUUCUGGUGUGACAAAAUUAAAGGGGUAAUCUUGGGAAUGCUGCCGGCCCUGAGUGACUUGAGAUAGUAGCCGUGAAAUUCCUAUUCCCAAAUUGGCUGUAUGCUUUCAUAUGCACUGUGGAUUUUCACAAAGCUCAGAGCUGUUUGUUUGUACAGUUGGAGUCAUUUCUCCACAUAGUGCACAGUGGCAGCUGUAGUAAGCUUAUUACAUGUAAUCUUCCCCUGACCCCUCUGCCCACCAAAUGUUGCUGGAAUGUUAGUAUGGGGGCUUACUUUGUUUCAAUGGUACAUUCCCGUGGUGUGGUGCAGAUACACUGUGAAUGUAGUAAGUGCUGUUGGAUCUGUCCAACUCUUUGUUCAGGUGUUACCAUGGAAGAAAUGCAAACCCAAGUGGCUGUGUUUGGAACCAGCUUCCUGGGCUAUGGCUGCAUCUUUGCCUAGAUCUUUGCAACUGGCAGUAGCCUAGACCACUGAUUUCUAUACUGACUGGAUGGUAGGCUAUGCACUGAUUGGCCUAGGCCAUCGUCAAGCCACCAGGUAGCCAUCUUACUUCACCUUAGUCUUGAUACCAAGUCAGCACUGAAUCGGUUUCAGUCUCCACACAUGAUCCACACCAAAUCCAUUCACAAGUACAUGUAUUUGUGCGGGGACAUUGGUUAACAUGUGGAAGAUAAGUCGAAAAUUGGCCAGUCAUGUUGCUGAUUUUAAAGCUAUAUUAGAGCCACUUCAGUGGAUUUCAACUGAAGUUCAAAACAAAUAUCAAAGGACUUGUCAUUAAGUCUAACUGCACCAAAAAGCCUAGUUUCACAGAAUCCUUUCAUACCUUAUUGCUCAUGUGGUGCAUGGGGAUUUUGUUAGUUUGCGAUUUUGAGAAGAGAUCGCUCAUCUCUAUGUGGGAUUGAUAACGUUUUAAGUGAAUCAAGAUGGCCGCUUGUGACCUCAAUUUGUGACCUCUUCCAGUUUGUACAGAAAUUAGUACCCUGGACACAAGACUCCAACACAGCCGUGGCUACAACACUUUCCCUGGUAUGCAGUGAAUCUGUGAAAGGUUAAAGUACAGUGUAAAGUGCUUUCAUUUGCAGAACCGGGUCCCACACCUUAUAGUCUUUAAUAUAGCGGAAGGAUUGGAACCAACCUUUUUUGCUCCUGUAGGCCAGAUCUUGCUCUGACUGCAUAAGAAUCAGCACCUAUUUGGAUCACAGCCUUGGUUUUUGCCAUUGUCACAAAUGGUCAAAAAGCCAUGCCAUCCACUUCAAGCACUGGGUGUACCCCUGGUGCCUGUGUUCAGAUUUCACACCAGUGAAAUGUUAAAGCACCAUCAUUGCCACUGAGGCUACAGAGGCGUCCUCAGUAGUGAUGUAGGGAAGUCAUAGGUGAGGAAUUUCUUACUGAUUUAUGUCUAGUUCCCAUAACUAGCCCUACCAGUAAAUUAAUUGAUACAUGACAGAGGAAAUACAUGCAGGCAAGACAUUCUUCAGUUUGUUAAGGAUGCCUGGAUAAUCAUUCUCAAGUGCUGUCAACCCCACACCCAGGGGAGAUAGGGUGGGAAAGUGGAUAACGUCUGAAAACUAUUUUAAAAACUACUAAAUUAAAGAAACAUAACAACAUAAUAUAACCUUUUUCUGUGAAGUCAUGAUAGCAUACAUGUACUAGAUUCUUAUUCACUAUUUUUGUAAUAAAUGUAAGUGAAAAAGUGUGGACUGAAUUUCUUAUCAACAAGUGGAAAUGUUUGUUGGUUGAAGAGACACUUAUUUUUGUAGGACUUGUACAUGUAGUAUUGCUUUAGUUUUCUAGUUUUGUGUACCUGGGUAGAUUUUUUCAAGACAAGCCUUACAUGCACAGUACAUUAGGACCAGGCAAGUAUUACGUGCACAUGUAAGUGCAUACAAGUGACAUACAAGGUUUUUUAAGUGUUAAAAAGGUGUGGUAUUUUGUCACGUCGAGUGAAACUUGACUCUCUGCAUUAAGUAAUGCACUUUCAGUUUAGGAUGUUUGAAACAUACAUGGUCACUGGUGGAGCUAUGUUUGUACACGCUGAUGAGAUGUACAUACUGGAGUUUGCUUUUGUGAGGAAAGGAGUUGAAUUUUUCAUAGUUGUGCUCCCAACUUUUUCACUUUAAUGGUACUGGUAUAAGUCUUUGAUUUGCUGCUGUACGUAUAAAGUAACUGAUGAAAUUAGUGUGGACAACAUUGUAGUUGGUUGAGAGGCAGACAUGGGAUUAAACUCCCCAUGGACUUCUUCUUCCAAGCAAGCUGUCCUUUUUUUAAGAGAGCAGUGAAAGAAGGCCAUUUCCAACCAUUUGUCUGAAAGACACCUUUUUGGAAAUUGCUGUUAAUUUAUUUUUUCUUUUUUCAUUUGGGGAAUUGCAUGCAAGCGUUGACACAGUGCACACAGGUGCACAACUGCUACUCUCCCAUGCGGUGUGGAACAUCACAUAGCUGCAUUCAGCUGAAUCAGAACAUGCCCCAGGCACUGUGGCCACAAUUCAGAGCAUGAUUCUGUGGCUUUGGAUUGAAAUUAAAAUCGAGAUCUUAGAAUAUUAUUUUUCUAAUAAUGUUCGGGCUUCACUGAGCUUGAACACCAUCAGUGUUAAACAGUUGUUAGGUACCUUCAGAAGUUUAAGCACUUUUAUUACCUCAAACACACCAUAAUGCACAUGUGACAACUGACAGACUGCACCUUUAACCAUUGCUGCUGGAACAGGAUAAAGUAAUUUUUGUACUUUCAAGAACAUGAGUUUUCAUUUACUCUAUGAAAUUUGGUCAUCACUCUAUGUUACCAACAUACCUACAACGGAAGUGCCACAUCAUCUAAUACAUGUACUUCAUCAAGUACAAUUUUCCAUGACAAAAUGGUUGAUACUGCAUAAUUUCUGCGUGAAAGUUUACAUGUAUAUGUACCGUAUUUAUACAUGUCUCUAUCCAUUGAUGGAGUAAAUUUUAGAGGAAAAAAAGUGUUCUGUGGGUGUAUUUAAUCAUAAGUGGAUCAAUUGAACAUGUUGAAAUGUGUUGACUCUGAUGAAAAUAUUUUCCCGAGCACUGGCUGUCACUAUUUUGACAUUACAAAAUUUAACGUUUGUAUGCACAUUAAAUGACACACUUUUUGGGCAGUGCAUUGUAAGCAGACAUAACUUGGCAUGUAUAUACACCGUAGCAGAUUCAGUGUGUAGCACAGUCGGUGAUGUCCUUUGUGAAUUCCGUGCACAGCAGUAUAUAUGUAAUGUUAUGUUCAAUUGUCAUAUUGGUGCAGAACUGACGAGUUGAGAACCAUUUGUGUACAUGUGCAUCAUCAUUUUGUGUUGCACUCACUAUUGGCUAUUUGAACAGUUUGUUGCAGUCUUGUUGGAGAAGUGCAACGUUGUGGAGUAUGUUAACAUCUAAUAGGAGCAAUUCACAUUACUGCUGAAAAUAAAAAAAAUUGUCAAUGGAUCGGAAAUCUCAAAAAGGGUUUUUUUUUGGGUGAUAUUUAUACAUGCAGAAACUUCUGCUAAAAAAUCUGUAUUUCUUGCCGAAAGUUAGGAAUAAUGAUUUGCCGUUCAUGUUACGUGUGAAACCAGUUGUCUGGAAGAUACCAUGCUUGGAAACUUCUGAGUUCUCUGCAACAUUCUAAAACUACUUGAAGAGUUGCGUCCAACACUGUAAAUAACAGGUCCAUUAUUCUGACAAGUCUGAAGCACCCCUUGCACCCCAUCCACAACUGUAUCCUAAUGGCUUAUUUUUUGCACCCAGCUGGAUCGAAUGACCAACUCCCCUUCAUUUUGUUAUGCUAUCAGAACACCACUUUGGCUCUAGAAAAAAAAAAAAACUGCAGACAUCAGACCGGGUAGCGCCUUGCAAGGUAUUGGAAUAUAUAUGUACAUGUAUUUAAAAACUGGUUUUUAACUUGCACUUUUUAAAAGGGUAUCAAAAUAUAAGCCUGUACGUAUUUAUGGUAAUAAUAGCAUGUAAACUCUCAUGGCUGUGCACCAGAAGUUAUUUGUUGUUUUGUAAUAUUUAUAUUUUAUUUUUGUUGACAUACGCGAUGCAUGCUGAAUGUACUCGAGUAUAGACCAAAGGUAUAGACUUAUUAUGGUUUGCGUUUUGUUAUUACCAAAAUGAUGGCAUUGUAUGUAUUGUUUGUAAGCUGGAUAAGUAUUUGAUAACAAGAUUGAUGUCAUCUUCAUUUUGGUGUGAGUUUGUUUGUAAAUGAACACUUUGUCUAUUUUUUAACACACAUUAGUUAUCCUAGUUAUCACAUGAAAUCCAGAUGUGAUUUUUCGGCCAAAUCUUUUGGAACAGGCAGAGUUUCUGAAACCUAAUUAUAUAAAUUUGAUUAAUCAAUGAAGACAAUUUUCAAACAGCCCCAAAGGAACCAGUGGUUUUAAUUACUCAUCGCCGUUGCUGUUGUGUAUUUUAUGCAAGUUGCUUUGUAAACCUAAAUUCGGUAUAAGUUGUGCAAUGUCCUGAAAACGUUGGAUUGUGAAUCUUCAGUAUUACAUCCGAUCAUUUUAUUGUUGUCACCUGAGACUUGGUUUGUGUGGACAAUUCUUGUCCAUGUACAUUAAUGUAUUUAUUCACGCAUCGCGCUGUUUUACUUUACACAGACCAAAGGGUUCAGCGUAUUACCGACACGUAUUCUUGAAAUGUUUGCUUUUUGAAUAAAACAAGUGAAAACGAA